AUGACGAGCAUCUUGGCAAAGCAAAUCAGCAAGAGAAUUCUGGGAGAGUCGCUCCAGAACAAGUUUGGCAAAGAGGAUCCCUACUUUGAGCAAGUCCCCGCCACCAGGCUCGACGGGAGGCCUACGGGCAAGGUCAAGAAGCGCAAGAAGGCUCUGCCGCCCGGCAUCUCAGAACACGAUGGCCAGGUCCUGACAAAGGUCAAGAGACGAGCCUAUCGCCUAGACAUGAGCCUGUUCAACUUUCUCGGAAUUCGCUUUGGCUGGAGCAGCGUCAUCGGUUUGAUCCCUGCCGCUGGCGAUGCACUCGAUGCCUUUAUGGCCUUUAUGGUGUACAGGACGUGUUGCCAAGUGGAGGGUGGCCUUCCAUCCUCCAUCCGACUCCAGAUGCUGUUCAACAUCAUUCUCGACUUUGCCGUCGGACUGGUUCCAUUCAUUGGAGAUUUGGCCGAUGCCGUAUUCCGCGCCAACACCCGCAACGCAGCAUUGCUGGAAGAGCAUCUGCGUCAAAAGGGCAAAAAGGAACUACGGAAAAGCGGACAGCCCAUCCCGGCCGUUGAUCCUAGCAGCGCCGAAGAGUACGACAGGAUUCAGCGGGAAGACCCCCCGGAGUAUCAGUCGGAUCCUCCGUCUCGCCGACCCUCUCCGGCCCGGCCUGAGGCCCAGGAGCCGGCCGCCCCACGAGUGCCAGAUCGGGUUCACGACAGUCGCGGAUUCUUUGGCCGCAGCCAGAAUCGCCCGCGCGAUGUUGAAAUGGGCCAGAUAUACUCAGAGUCGCAGUAUAACGAAUCACGACGGACUGGGAAGCACUCGGGCAGGCGACACUGA